ACGCAUUUCAUUAUGGCUUUAGAGAAAAGUCUUAACUGUCCGAUUUGUUUUGACAUUUUAAAAAACCCCGCAACAUCAUCUUGUGGAAAACACAAUUAUUGUUUGCAGUGCUUGAAUACUCAAUGCGAAGGAAAGAAUAGAAACUGCCCAGAGUGCAGGGAACCAUUUCACAAAGCGUAUAAACCGCAGAAAAAUAUAACUCUAUGUGAAAUUGUCAAAAUUGUCCAUCGAAAGACUUCGGAUGAUAUUAGCGAAUAUGAAGACUUGAACCCAGAAGACGGAGACGGAAUUGAGCAUAAUUUGCAGACCCUAAAGAGGAAACUAACAGACUUGACAUCAGAAAUUAAGAGGAUGGAUGACAUUAUUUCCAAAAAACGUAAAACCAAGCAGCAAAGAAAAGACGUUACCUCGGCAUCAAAUGAUUUCGUAAGUCUGGGUACCUUUGAACAUUUAUCCGAGAGCAAGAAUUCACUCCGGUAUGAACCAAGCGAACUACCUGAGGAGCCACUCGACAACAUGACAAACAGCCUCAGGCUAGGGCUGGAAUAUUUGACUCACGCCCUCAAUCAGCUACCGCAGUUAGACAUCCCUUCCCAGGAUGUUGACAAGGGGCAAAAUGUGGGCGACAGCCUGAGUGCAAAUCAGCUCCCAGCGGAGCCAUCCCCUGUUGCAUGGCAACAACUGGAUGACGAGCAGACACCUGAGCAUACCAUCACUCCAUCUCAGCUUGAAGGAGGCCAAUCAGAAUCACAGAGUGAAGCUCAGGUUGUAUCCAUGGAGCUGGAGACAGGGGCAGAGGAAGCAGGGCCUUCAGCUGCACUCAAUGAUUGUUUGGAGCGUCUUUCAUUCAGUCCUCACCUAGCGCACAAGAACCUUGUCUUCUCCGACCAGAACCGCAGGGUCAAGGUGCAGAGCCACGGGCAACCUUGUGCCACGGGCAACUCGCGGCUUGACCACUCCGGCAUCGGCCAGGUGAUGGCAGACCAGGAGUUCAGCAGGGGGGUGCAUUACUGGGAGGUGGACACGUCCCAGAGCGUAGGCUGGGCCAUCGGCGUGGCCUACCCUAAUCUGGGACUCGGAGAGCUGCUGGGUCGCACCCCCAGCUCCUGGUGCCUGGAGUGGAACUCUAGGGAGCUGUGCUUCUGGCAUAACAACAACAGUGAGCAUGUUAAACAUGGCUGUCCCAGUAAGGUCAGAAUUAUGCUGGAUAUGGAGGGUGGUGUCUUGACCUUUUACAGCGCGACAGACAACAUGAUUCUGUUACACACUGUAGAGGUGCAGUUUGCCUUACCUGUGAGACCAGCGUUCUGGCUGUAUCUGCUAAAGCCUGGAAAUUCUUUGAGUCUUGUUGUACCGUAGGCAGUGUUGGGUAGUAACAGACUACAUGUAAUCUGGAUGACUUUAUCAGAAAAUAAAAUGCAUUUACUUUUUUUAGAGAUUACAUCAUUACAUUUUAAUUAAGUGCGGUAAAUAUAUUAUGUAUUUUAAUUAGAUGUGGUAAAUCCCUCCCCUCUAUCUCCAUGUAGUCCUUCCAUUUCGUCAUCCAACCAUUCAAAUGCAAUAAAACCUCCACGACCUUCCCUAAGAACAAUUGGAAGGAUUUCUUAAUUAUCAGCAGCCAUUAGUCCUCCUACUGGGACAGCUUGUCAGCCAGAGCAGAGUAGGUGAAGAUGAGAGCAGGUCCACUUUGAACACACCAUUGAUACCAUUGAUAUAAAACAAUAAGGAGAGCAACUGCUAAUGUGUUGAAGUCACAGAACGCUGAAAUGACAUUGCAAUGAUUGGCAAGGCCUUACCACUAAAUUAAUGCUUUUAUGUGAAUUAUUAUUGAUUUAUAUAUAUUUUUAUAUUCUAGAAAUGUAUUAAUUCAUGUAUCAUUUUCUGGUUUUUAUUAAAUGUAUUAAUUUUAUUUCAGCACUAUGAUGAACUAAAUGAACUUACUGAUACUGAGUAAAGCACAAACCAAAUCUAGCCAUGUAAAGCACCAAUUCCUUUUCAGAAAGUUGAUUUUCUGCUGAGAAUGUAUGCAAUAUAUAUGAAAAGGGCUGAUUUCUCAAACCUGCGGUUUGCGAAAAAACAAUGCUGUAUUGAACAUUAUGGCCGAAGUGUUUGGUCAAUCUCGGCGAGUGAUACCUCAUUUUGUAGCUCUCAAUCUGUACUUCAGUCUCAGUACUUCAUGCUAUAAAAUAAAAAUGCAACAAACACAUUUAGGGACAAAACAUGCUAUUUGUUGUAUAAAUAUUAUUAAAAAUUAUGUAUUGUAUAAAUAAUUCUGGUUUUGAACACACAGUAAACAUUGGGACAUGGCAGGAAAAGGGUUAAUAGUAACAGGGUUGACGGUAACAGGGUUGACGAAAUAUGUUUUGGGCAGCCAUUACUAGCCUUGUGGUUAACACAAUGACACCACAUGGUGUGCAUUCUAGAGAGGCUAAUAUGCUUGUUUAUAUGUACAUUUAAAUUUUCCAUGAAAUAACUUCUUAAUACAUGAUAUCAUGGUAACAAGAUUGACACACUAUGACUGUCCCCUUCUGUCAGACUAAACAUAACUCAAUUAAAAUCCAUCAAAAGAGAGGAGCACUUACUUGUCUGCUUGGCAUCAUCUUCAUAAAAGGCAGAGGAUAUCACUUCCUGAAAAUUAUGUCACUUUUGGGAUAGUCCAUUGUCCCUGAGGGGGGUGUUUAUCCAAAGUAACAGGGUUGACGCAAAACGCAGGGACAGCACUAAAAUGUUAUUUUUUUUCAAUAUUCCAAAAAGGUGAAGAAUGAAAUACAUGCAUUAUAGGUUAACUGACAAUUGAAGCUUUUCAUAAGUAUAAUUUGUUUUCAGAUAAUUUGAUUUCAUUCUCCUUAAAAGCCUGUUGUAAUAGAAAUAUUUUACCCAGGGACAAGCCAUUUUUAGCUAUUUUUACAAUGUUUACAAGAUAUACAAUACAAAAAGUCUUUAAAAUUCAUGAAAUAAAUCAAUGCAUACAUUUUUAAAAUGAAGACUGUUUAUUUACCAAAUGAUACCAACUAAAUUUUUAAAUGUUUUGUUGUUAAUAUAGCUAUGAGGUAGUUUUUGU